CGAGGAUCCACAACCAAGCUACCAACAUGGUGUCAGCCACUCAACUUCUUCUUUUCCUGCCGUUCCUUGGAACCCUCGCGAGUUCCAGCGACCCCACGUCCACGGAGCUCGUUGCUCGAGGAGAAAAGUCAUACAGCCUUCUUCAGCAAAUCGGAGAGAAUAUCUUCAAUGCAACAAGCGACGAAGAACUUCAACGCCGCGCUACUGAUCUCAGGACCAGCAAGGAUGGCGUAAACUCCGCAGGAUAUUACUACUCCCUCUAUAAUGACAACCAUGCUGGCGCCGAUUACACCGAGUACCCUGACAGUGGUCGGUUCCAGCUGAAAUGGAACGUAGACAAAGAGUUCCUAGGGGGCAAGGGCUAUCGGGGCGGUAGCACCCGCAAAUUGACUUGGGAUGGCCAUUUCAAUGCUCAGGGUGACUAUACUCUGGCUGUCUAUGGCUGGACUACGGAUCCCGUCACCGAGUGGUACAUCGUCGAACAACACGGCACAGGGACCCCUGGCAAUGGUCAUAUCCUUGGCCAGGUCAACGUCGACGGCGGUGUAUACGACGUCUACAUGCUUCCCUACAGAAAUGUACCCAAGAUCUACGGUGUCACCAACUUCAACCAAUUGUGGUCCGUCCGUCGCACUCCUCGCACCACCGGCUCGGUCGAUGUCACUGCCCACUUCAAACGCUGGAAAGAACUUGGACUCCAGCCUGGCAACCCUGUCUUCCAGAUGCUGACUGCUGAGGGAUUCAAGGGCACAGGGAAUCUUGAUUUCCAGCUGCACUAAAGGAUAUGAGCGGGGUCUCCGUGAAGACUUGUGGACUACAUGAGUGGUCCUUGUUAGUAUACACAACCCUUUUGUACAGUAAAUUUUUUUUUUGUUUUCUAGAAACUGGAGAGUAGGUCUGUCGAGAAUUCACACUGGGCGCUCAUUUUGCACACCACCCUUGGGUGAGUCACCGGCUUUACCCUGUGUGAGCUGAUAAUUUUCACUUCUCUUCGCUUCUUCAGGGUCUUUAUGCUUGACACAUCAAUCUAGUCUGGUUCCAUAGCACCUUUACCC